CGGAAGGGCGGGUGCUCGCAGCUGGAGGAAAAGGAAAGGCUGGUGGCGGGAAGUUUUCAGGGGAGAGCGGCUGAAAUCGAAAGACAUUUGGAUCUCCAGUUCAGUUUUAGAAUGGCAUCCAUUUCAGUUUUGCUGUGAACCUGUGCUCUAACAGGAAAGUCUUAACAAAAAUAAAGAAACAUAAAUCAUAAAAACGUUUGUUUGUAUGAAUUUGACCACUCGACUGAUUUGACUACCUCAUGUCUAACUGAAGAAUUGGAUUCUAUAACUAACGAGCUACAUGCAGUAGACAUUCAAAUUCAGGAGCUUUUGGAAAGGCAACAAGAGCUUAUUCAGAAAAAGAACAUCCUAACAAACCGAAUAAAGCAGCAUUUAGAGGCUCCUGAUGCUGGGGAAAACAGUGAAUGGGAUUCUUCACCUGCUGCUUGGAAUAAAGAAGAUUUUCCCUGGUCUGGUAAAGUUAAAGAUGUUCUGCAGAAUAUCUUUAAACUGCAGAAGUUCAGACUGCUUCAGCUUGAAACUAUUAAUGCAACAAUGUCUGGAAAGGAGGUAUUUCUUGUUAUGCCUACAGGAGGUGGAAAGAGCUUAUGCUACCAAUUACCAGCGUUAUGUUCGGACGGUUUUACCCUUGUGAUUUGCCCAUUGAUCUCUCUUAUGGAAGACCAGUUAAUGGUUUUAAAACAAUUAGGAAUUUCAGCUACCAUGUUAAAUGCUUCUAGUUCUAAGGAGCAUGUGAAAUGGGUUCAUGCUGAAAUGGUAAAUAAAAACUCCAAGCUGAAGCUAAUUUAUGUGACUCCGGAGAAAAUCGCAAAAAGCAAAAUGUUCAUGUCGAGACUAGAGAAAGCCUAUGAAGCGAGGAGAUUUACCCGGAUUGCUGUGGAUGAAGUUCACUGCUGUAGCCACUGGGGACAUGAUUUCAGACCUGAUUACAAGGCACUUGGUAUCUUGAAGCGGCAAUUCCCUAACACAGCACUAAUGGGGUUGACUGCAACCGCGACAAGUCAUGUUCUGAAGGAUGCCCAGAAAAUACUCUGUGUAGAAAAGUGUUUUACUUUCACAGCUUCUUUUAAUCGACCAAAUCUUUAUUAUGAGAUUCGGCAGAAGCCCUCCAACACGGAAGAUUUUAUUGAGGAUAUUGUAAAGCUUAUUAAUGGGAGAUACAAAGGGCAAUCAGGAAUCAUAUAUUGCUUUUCUCAGAAAGAUUCUGAGCAAGUUACAGUUAGUUUACAGAAACUGGGAAUUCAAGCAGGUGCGUACCAUGCCAAUAUGGAACCAGAAGAUAAGACCGAUGUUCAUCGGAGAUGGUCAGCCAAUGAAAUUCAGGUAGUAGUGGCCACAGUUGCAUUUGGUAUGGGAAUUGAUAAACCAGAUGUGAGGUUUGUUAUCCAUCAUUCAAUGAGUAAAUCUAUUGAAAAUUAUUACCAAGAGAGUGGACGUGCAGGUCGAGAUGACUUGAAAGCAGACUGUAUUUUGUAUUAUGGCUUUGGAGAUAUAUUCAGAAUAAGUUCAAUGGUGGUGAUGGAAAAUGUGGGACAACAGAAGCUUUAUGAAAUGGUGUCAUACUGUCAAAACAUAAGCAAGUGUCGCCGUGUAUUGAUAGCUCAACAUUUUGAUGAAGUGUGGAAUUCAGAAGCAUGCAACAAAAUGUGUGAUAAUUGUUGUAAAAACAUUUCAUGUGAAAGGAAGAAUGUCACAGCACACUGCAGAGAUCUAAUCAAGAUCCUGAAGCAGGCAGAGGACAUGAAUGAAAAGCUCACACCACUGAAACUGAUUGAUUCUUGGAUGGGAAAGGGUGCAGCAAAAUUGAGAGUGGCAGGUGUUGUUCCUCCCAAACUUCCUCGUGAAGACCUGGAGAAAAUUAUUGCACACUUUCUUCUACAGCAGUAUCUUAAAGAAGACUACAGUUUUACAGCGUAUGCUACCAUUUCAUAUUUGAAAAUAGGACCUAAAGCUAAUCUUCUGAACAAUGAGGCACAUGUCAUAACCAUGCAAGUAAAGAAGCCCACAGAGAGCUGUUUCAGGAUGGAAUCACUUCAAACUUGUCAUUCUUUUGAAGGAGCUGAUAAAAAAAGGGAAGAAAAAAAUUCAAGUAACUUCCAGAAGUCUGCAAACAUGCUUCAGCAGUCUAAGCAUACAGGGACUAAGAAGAGAAAAAUUGAUGAUGCAUGAAUGUUUCUAAAUUUUCCAAGAAAACGGUUUAUGCAUGCAUACAACAGUAUUUUGUAGUUAAAAGUUUAAGACAAUUUUAUUAAUAUUUUAUACAUAUGGAACUUACAUCCAAAAUAUUAAAGACUUGAAAAUUCAAGAUCAUGAAU